AGAACAUCGAUUAAAAAUGUGUUGUUUUUCAGUGUUUUGUCUCAUUUUGGCCUGCAAGGAUCACGUUGGAGGUGAAACUUAUUCGUCAGCAGAAGGAUGAAUCCUGAGAAACCUGCAGUUAAACUCCACGUGAUGCUCAGAGCUCUGGAAACAGUUUCCUCCAGAUAUUCUUUUCACUCCAGCUCUGGGCUUUCCUUAUAACUACCGAAUUUGUCAAAGGAUGCUAAGAAUUUUGUCUGGGAGACAUAAAGACGAGUCUGAGUGCUGUGUCAUCCCUCCACUGCUGUUAGAGGGGGUUUGUCCUUCUGCAUGGCUUCAAUGAGCCCAUUGUUAACAUGUAGAUGUGUGUGUGUGUGUGAGAGAGAGAGAGCUUUUCACAGCACUUUAUCUUGUAGAUGCUCAUCAACACACUCAUCACCAUGGCAACCCCCAAGCAAAAGCAUGCCUCUCCUCUCUCUCUGUUUUAUCUUGUAAGUAAUUUUACCUUUUUCCAUCUAUAUCCGUGAUGCAGGCGAGGUGGCACACUAAGAUUUUUCCACAACAGAAUUUUUAAUUUUUUUUAUUUUUAUUUUUUUCUGGGGGUUGGAGCAGAAGCCUUUGGAACCGCGUGAGGGGUCCUCUUUGUCUCUUUUCAGGAGGUUUGCUCUCUAUUUAGUCCGGUUAAUUUAAAAAUGUAAAGAAGGAUUUUUACACACAAACAAAACAUUUUGGCAAUUUUAUUCCAAUUUAAAAGCUACCAUCUUUAAGGAAAAAGCAUCCCAAGACAAAACAUGCAGCAUCCAGCCAUCUGUCCAGCCUGCGGUCAAGAAUGUGAAACCCCCCUGAUUCUGCCGUGCUCUCACAGCAUGUGCAGCCGGUGUGUGGCAGCCGGAGGACCGAUGGCACCGCCGCUCUCUGUCUGUUCCCUCCUGUGUCCCUGCUGUGGACGCCACGUGGAGCUGCCGUGCUGGAGCUGGGGAGCUGCCACUUCCUGUCUUCCUAAACAUCCUUCCAUGGAAUCUGAACGUGUCAGCAGACAGACGAGUUUCUGGGAUGACUCACCUGAGGAUCGCCCUCACCAUGCAAGGGAGGGUGCAGCCCACGCCUGCUCAGAUUGUGCUGCCACUUCCGCAGAGACGCCACUAGAUGGUGCUGCAGAGCUGCAGGAGGAGGAGAUGGAGCGGUCCGUCUUUGGCCUGUUUUUCUCUCUGGACCCUUCCUCUGUGCCUCCAUCCCUCCACCUGUCCAGCUCCCGCCUCUCUGUGAGUCGCCGUGGAGACAGUCCUCCGCCGCAGGGCUGCACUCGCUUCGCCCAGGUGUGCUCUGAUGUUGUGAUCGCACGCGGACAGUACUACUGGGAGGUGGACGUGUGCAACAGCUCCAUCUACAGGCUUGGGGUCUCCUCAUUGGACGGUUGCAGCGGCUGGUGGCUGCAGAGGAACGGCGUGUCUUUCUCUGCGGUGUAUGAUGGAUACAAUGAGCCCGUUUACUCUGUGCCACCAGGGAUCAAAACCAUAGGAGUCUUCCUCAACCUGGGAGGGGGAGCCCUCAGCUUCCACAACCCCCUGACCCAGGAGCAUCUCGCCACGCUGCCCACUCGUUUCCAGCCUGCUGGAGUCCGGCCAGCGCUGGGCCUCGGGGAGGGCAGGCUAAAGGUGCGCUGCGGACUUUCGCCUCCCCCUCACGUGUUUCUAUGUAAGGACUCGGCCUACAGGGCAUCCUCUGGGCCCAGCAGAGGUUGGUGGUGCAAAGAUGUCCCCUUCUUGCUGGUGAAGAGAGCAGUUCAAAAGUUUGAGACUCUUGCCCUGCUCGACUCCAGCUCGAUUCCCCGUUUGGAAGUGGGGCGACGGACAAAAAGGAAAGUAAAAGUGAAUGAGAAGAGCUCGUAAAAGUUCCUUUCUAAUGGAACACGCCCACAGCUCCAAGCAGUUUGAUCUUCCACUGUCAUUUAAAGGCUAAUUUUUCAUCUUGAAAGACUAUUUCCACUCUCAGCUUGAACCCGGACCUGCAAUUGACCCUCUCCCCAAGAGGCAGCUCCUCCUCAGAGCAGAAGGACCCCCACUGCUCUGGGCUUAAGCCUGAUCGGUGUGGGCUUUUGGCAGUGGGUCUUCACUGUGUGACAGUUGUUGGACAGUAGGGGGUCUGCACUGUAGAAAAACAGAUUUCUGCAUGCGGAUGUGACCACAGGCUCCUCCCCCCUGUAUGGGUAAACGCCCCGGCCCGGGUGCAGCAACGCCGGCGCUGUUGACACAGGAGGAACAGGUGGCAGCGCACAACUAUCCCGCGGCCUUUCUUCGAUACUACAGUUGCGCCGGCCUUUCUGACCCCUGGGAAACCGCGGGGCUCUCGGGGACUUCAAACGGGUGGGAGAACAGAGGGAGAAAGGGAAAACAGCAUGCCCGACAGCGGGUGAUGAAUGGGAAAAAAAUGAAUAGAGGGAUUCCUCCCAGCUUUCAUGCCAAGAAGCUGCUCUGGCUCAAAACUGAGUUCACUUUAAGUCUCAUUGAAAAGCCUGAAAAGAAGGAAAACACAGUAAAUCAGAUGAUUAGAAGAUCAUUUUGAUGGCGCUUAGAAGAAAUGCAAGGUUAAUACCAAUAACUGGGACGGAGGCACCAGGGAAAAAUGUGUAACCGGAAUGAAAGCCUCGGCGACUGAUCAGGGGAGCCAAAAGAGCGGCGGGGACAUGACCAGACUUGAUCUUAAGCACUUUAUGAGAGUGAAAGCUGUUGACUCGAGGACUUCUGACGCCUUUGUUUCCCCGCAGAGAUGUUUGAACAUGGCAACAGAACGGGACGUUGGAGUUUAUUUAACCUCCUUUGAGCACACGUGACCCCGAGAUCUAUCAGUCUGGAGACAACAGAAAACUUUAGAAGAAAAAGGCCACAAACUGAGGAAAAAUAACAAGUGUGAGAAAAAUAAAACAAAAUCGGUCUGUUUUGUAUUACAAGCUGUUCUGUGUUGUCUCUAUUGGGGCUGCCACAAAUGAUUACUGCGCAUGUGUGUUAAAGACAAUGGCAGACAAAGGUAUUCGAAACCGUGCACUUUUGAGAUUGAAAAAAUCAGAGAAUAAACAACUAAAAUAGUUGUAGACGACAUAGUCGUGACUAAUCAACUAAUCGUGACAGCCCUAGUUUCUACUAAGAUGUGUAAACUGGUGUAGAAUGAAGUUAUAAUUGUUCAAGGAUCAACGUUGUGGUUCAUCCUAUAAUACAUUUGAAUAAAAAA